AACAGGAAAAUCCCCAAGAGUAAAUAUCGCGACAUCUGUGUCUAUCGCUUCCGAAAGAGAAUGCACUUUAUCGUUCAUUUUUCUUUUCUAUUUGAAGUUUAAUGCGAAGACGUCUUUUCUGAGUGUUACCGUUUUAAUUUAUAUUUUUAUAUUAAUUUGUUUUUAUAUCUUUUUAAAUAAAAAUAUAAAAACGAAGUAAAACUUUACUCAUUGUCAAUGAAAUAUUCACGUUUCGUAACCACGUGAUCUUCUAAGUGCAUUAAUAAACCGGCGCAGUGGAAGACGAAAAUUCUACAGCUUCUUAGAAUAUUCUUUUCGAUUUUCUCUUAUAUCUGCAACACAUUUUUGAGAUAACUUCUUUUUUUUAAAAAAUGGCAGACUUUUUAGAUUCUGAAGCGGAAGAAAGCGAGGAGGAAGAGGAACUCGAUCAAAAUGAGAAAAAGAAACUGAAAAAAAUAAAGGCAGUCGAAGAAAGUGACGAAGAAGAUGAUGAUGAUGGAGAAGAAGUAGCAGACUUGAUUGAUGAUAAUCCAAUAGAAGAAGAGAGCGAUGCUGAGGACAGUGAUACUUCCGGUGGUACAAAAAAGAGAAAAAAGAGCGACGAUGAAGAUUUUGAUGAUCGACUGGAGGAAGAAGAUUAUGAUUUGAUAGAAGAAAAUUUAGGUGUCAAACUUGAAAGAAAACGCAGAUUUAAACGUCUAAGAAGAAUACAAGAUGAAGAAUCAGAAGAUGAACAGGAAAAAGAACCAGAAGAAGAACGAGAUGCUAUUGCUACUGAGCUAUUUGAAGGCUCUGGUGAUGAAAGGGAUGUUUUCGUGGAGGAAGAACGACGAAGUGAACGUAGUCAUAGACCAGAAGUGGAGACUCUUGAUGAAGAAGGAAGUGAAGGUGAUGAUGAUAUGAAUGAUUUUAUUGUCGAUGAGGAUGGAAGAUCUCUUGCAGAAAAACGUAUGAAAAAGAAACCAAUAUUCUCAGAUGCUGCACUACAAGAAGCACAAGAUAUUUUUGGGGUAGAUUUUGAUUUUGAUGAGUUUGGUAAAUUUGGAGAAGAAGAUUAUGAAGAAGAAGAAGAAGAGGAAGAAGAAGAUGAAUAUUUGGAUGAUGAUGUUGAUGAAAGACCAAGAAGACCAAAGAAACAAUUUAAAAAGAAAAGCACAAGGAAGAGUAUUUUUGAAAUAUAUGAGCCAAGUGAGCUGAAGAGAGGUCAUUUUACAGACUUAGAUAAUGAGAUUCGCAAUACAGAUAUUCCUGAAAGAAUGCAACUUCGUUCUGUUCCUGUUACACUUGUAGUUGAAGGUUCUGAUGAAUUAGAUCUUGAGGCUGAAUGGAUAUAUAAACAAGCUUUUUGUCGACCUACCAUUUCCGUUCAAGAUGCUCAUUUAAAUGAAGAAGCCAAAGAAAGAGCCAAAAAAGGCCCACAAACUAUUGGAAAAAUUAAAAAAGCUUUAGAUUUUAUGCGCAAUCAACAUUUUGAAGUCCCUUUCAUUUCAUUUUAUAGAAAAGAAUAUGUGCUUCCAGAACUAAAUAUCAAUGAUCUAUGGAAAGUAUACAAAUUUGAUGCCAAAUGGUGUCAAUUGCGUCAACGAAAAGAAAAUUUAUUAAAAUUAUUUAAGAAGAUGAGAAAUUAUCAGUUAGAUGAAAUUAUGAAAAACCCUGAUGCUCCAUUACCUGAUAAUGUGAGAAUAAUAAAAGAUGAUGACAUUGAACGUCUUAAAAAUAUUCAGACAAGCGAAGAGUUAAAUGAUGUUUAUCAACAUUUUAUGCUUUAUUAUAGUCAUGAAAUACCAGCUAUGCAAGAAGUUGUACGCCAGAAAGAAAGAGAAGCGCGUCGUGAAGCCAGAAUCCAAAAAAGAAAACAACAAAUUGCUGAGGCAGAAGAAAAUGGUGAAAAUCCUCCAGAAGAAGACAUAGAAGUAGCAGAAGAAGAAGAAGAACCAGAUGAAACCUUAAAACAAGCAGUGAGAAGUGGACCUUAUUCCACAUGUAGAAAAGCAGGCUUAGAUCCACUUGCCAAAAAAUUUGGUCUUACUCCUGAACAUUUUGCAGAAAAUCUGCGUGAUAAUUAUCAACGUCACGAAGUGGAUCAAGAACCUACAGAACCUAUUACAGUUGCAAAUGAUUUUUGUAGUUCAAGAUUUAAAACUCCAGAUGAAGUUCUCAAAGCUGCGCAAUUAAUGGUUGCAAUGCAAUUGGCACGCGAGCCAUUAGUACGCAAAUGUGUCAGAGAAAUGUAUAUGGAAAGAGCAAAAAUAUCGAUAAGACCUACAAAGAAAGGUAUUAAAGAAAUAGAUGAGAAUCAUCCUAUAUAUUCCAUGAAAUAUCUUAAAGACAAACCAGUGCGAGAUCUUGUAGGAGAUCAGUUUUUAAAAUUGAUUAUAGCUGAAACAGACAAGCUGAUUAAUAUUUCGCUGAGUGACACAAUAGAAGGAAAUACAACAAGCAAUUAUGUUGAUGAAAUGAAGCAGCUUUAUUAUAGAGAUGAAUUUAGCAAAAAUGUUCAAGAUUGGAAUGCUUUAAGAGUUGGCAGUGUAGAAAUGGCACUCAAUCGUAUGGUAAUACCACAUUUGAAAAAGGAAUUGAGAACAAAUCUUGUUGCAGAAGCAAAAGAAUGUGUAAUGAGAGCAUGUUGUCGUAAAAUGUAUAAUUGGAUUAAAGUAGCUCCAUAUACUUGUGAAUUCCCUGAAGAAGAAGAUGAAGAAUGGGACACAAGUAAAGGUCUUCGAGUGAUGGGUUUAGCUUAUGUACCUGAUUAUUCUCAAGCUGCUUUUACAUGCAUAGUUUCUGCUGAUGGUGAAUGUACAGAUUAUGUAAGAUUACCACAUUUGUUGAAAAGAAAAAAUAGUUUUAGGGAAGAUGAAAAAGUCAUGAAAGAAGCUGAUUUAAUUACACUUAAAAAUUUUAUUGCAACAAAAAAACCUCAUGUGGUUGUCAUAGGUGGAGAAUCAAGGGAAGCGUUAAUGAUAGCAUCUGAUGUAAAGGAAUGUAUUUCGAAUCUAAUGGAAGAUGAACAAUUUCCCAGUAUCCAAGUUGAGGUUUGUGAAAAUGAACUUGCUAAAAUUUAUUCCAAUAGUAACAAAGGUGUAUCUGAAUUUAGAGAUUAUCCAGAAUUGUUACGACAAGCUAUAUCUUUAGCGAGAAGAAUGCAGGAUCCUUUAGUAGAAUUUUCUCAAUUAUGUACUGCAGAUGAAGAAAUAUUAUGCCUCAAAUAUCAUUCAUUGCAAGAUCAGCUUCUUAAGGAAGAGCUUCUAGAAAAUUUGUAUUUAGAAUUUGUGAAUAGGGUAAAUGAAGUUGGUGUUGAUGUUAAUAAAGCAGUACAACAAGCUUAUUCAGGAAAUCUAGUUCAGUUUAUAUGUGGCUUGGGCCCUAGAAAAGGGCAAGCAUUGAUUAAAAUAUUGAAACAAACUAAUCAAAGAUUGGAAAAUAGAACACAACUUGUAACAGCCUGUCAUAUGGGACCUAAAGUAUUUAUCAAUUGUGCUGGCUUUAUAAAAAUUGAUACAAAUAGUUUGGGGGAUAGUACAGAAGCGUACGUAGAAGUACUAGAUGGUUCAAGAGUGCAUCCUGAAACAUAUGAAUGGGCAAGAAAAAUGGCAGUAGAUGCUUUGGAAUAUGAUGAUGAGGAUGCAAAUCCAGCAGGUGCUCUAGAAGAAAUUCUAGAAUCGCCAGAAAGAUUGAAAGAUUUAGACUUGGAUGCAUUUGCAGAAGAAUUAGAAAGGCAAGGCUUUGGCAAUAAAUGUGUAACAUUAUAUGAUAUUAGGGCUGAAUUGAACUCUAGAUAUAAAGAUUUACGUUUAUUAUACCAAUCUCCAAGUCCAGAAAAAUUGUUUGAUAUAUUAACUAAAGAAACACCUGAAACAUUCUACAUAGGUAAAUUGGUAUUAGCAACAGUGGUUGGUAUAAGUCAUAGAAAACCACAAGGAGAACAAUUGGAUCAAGCAAAUCCAGUCAGAAAUGAUGAAACUGGUUUAUGGCAGUGUCCAUUCUGUCUUAAAAAUGAUUUUCCUGAGCUUUCAGAAGUAUGGAAUCAUUUUGAUGCAGGAGCUUGUCCAGGAAAGGCUACAGGUGUAAGAUUAAGAUUAGACAAUGGAAUAUCUGGCUAUAUUCAUAUUAAAAAUUUAUCUGAUAAACAUGUUGCUAAUCCUGAAGAAAGAGUAAGCAUAGGCCAAGUAAUUCACUGCCGUAUUAUCAAAAUCGAAGUAGAACGUUUUAGUGUGGAAUGUACGAGCAAAAGUAGCGAUCUCGCAGACAAAAAUCAUGAAUGGAGGCCACAGAGAGACAUUUAUUAUGAUACAGAGACGCACGAUAAAGAUGUAAAAAUAGAAGAGGAUGCUAAGAAAGUAAAACAGCGGCAAACAUAUGUAAAGCGUGUUAUUAUACAUCCAUCUUUUCACAAUAUUAGUUUUGCGGAAUCGGAGAAGUUAAUGCAAAAUAUGAAACAAGGAGAAGGCAUAAUAAGACCAAGCAGUAAAGGUGCUGAUCACUUGACUGUGACGUGGAAAGUAACAGAUAAUAUUUAUCAACACAUUGAUGUAAGAGAAGAAGGCAAAGAAAACGCAUUUUCCUUGGGACAUAGUUUAUGGAUAGGCAAUGAAGAAUUUGAAGAUCUAGAUGAAAUAAUUGCUAGACACGUCAAUCCAAUGGCUGCAUAUGCUUCAGAAUUAUUAGAUUUUAAAUAUUACAAAACAAACGUCGAAGGUGUAAAAGAUAAAGCCGAAGAGAUAUUGAAAGAACAGAAGAAACAAAAUCCGGGUGGAAUUCCAUAUAUUAUAUCUGCAGCUAAAAAUUAUCCAGGAAAAUUCCUCCUUUCAUAUUUACCUAGAGUUAGGUGCCGUCAUGAAUAUGUUAGCGUUUCACCAGAUGGUUUUAAAUUUAGAGGACAAAUGUUUAGUAGAGUAAAUGAUUUAUUCCGUUGGUUCAAAGAACAUUUUAGAGAUCCAAUACCUGGCCAAUCAACACCAGGCACUCCACAUGGUGCUUUAACUUCCAGAACACCGUAUCAUACUACACCUGGAGCAGUUACAGGAAUGAAUCAAGAUGCAAUACAAAGGGUGGCACAAAAUUUACCACAUCACAUGUUGCAUUCCCUAUCACAAGUAGCAAAUCAGACACCACAUCAUUACCCACCACAUACUCCAGGUGCAGCAAGUACCACAGCUUAUGGUGGAAUGCAUACGUAUCCAAAUACACCUUAUACUCCUUCCGGACAAACUCCAUUUAUGACACCAUACCAAACACCUCAUACUCCACACCAUGCACAACAGACACCAAAUCAUCAUCAGGGCCCAUUUUUACAUCCAGUAUCAUCAUCGAUGCCAUCUGUAACUCAGAGAUCAAUGCGAUCUCAUAGACCUAUUCCAUCUAUGUCUACACCCUCAUCUGGGGAUGCUAUGGAUUGGAGUAAAGCAGCAGAAGCAUGGGCUCGUUUAAAACAAUCCACUCCACGAGGAUCUGGUAGCACUCCGAGAUAUGAGGAAUCCAGAAAAACACCACGAAAUUAUGAAGAUUCCGCUGGAAGAACAACUCCAAGAAAUAGAACUCCAUCUAAUCGUACGCCAUCCUAUAAAUCGCCACGAGGCACACCAUUUACGAAUUCUAGUCCACGAAGUAUGUCUCUUAGUGGAGAUGGUACUCCUUUAUAUGACGAAAGUUAACCCAUGAAUAUAGUUAAGAUUAAAUUAAAAUAUGUAUUAACGAAUGAUUGAUAUGUUUAAUUGGUAUAGGCCAUACAUUUUUCAUGUAUUUUAUAUAAUGGCAAAUGGUAAUAUUGUACAUAUAUGUACAUAAAUAUAUAUACAUAUAAUAUAUAGGGUAAGAUUUUAAAUGGAAUACCUAAAUAUCUUGAAUGUAAUUUUGAAAAAAAAAAAUUUGAAACAUAAGUUGUUCGAUUUUGGAAAGUA